AUUGGAUGGGGCAAGGAGCUUGAGUUUCUUAAUAGAAAACUCAAAGAGGAUCUUGCUGCUGCUGAGGCCAAGAUAGCUGCUCUUUCAAGCCCUCACCCUCACCAGGUGCAGCAGCAGAAGAGAGAGUCAAAUGGAGAGUACCAGAGCCCCAGAUUCAUACAGAAACUCAUUGCCAACAAAUUGGACCACCCGAAAGUUGUAAGGGAGACAAGAACAGUUAAAGCGCCAUUAAGGGCAAGUGCUUGUUUGACUCCAAAUGAUGCUGGAGCACAGACAAAUGCGCCAAUAAUUCACUCCUGCCACCACCUCCACCAUUGCCACCUCCACCUGCACCGCCUCGGUUUCCUGCUAAAAGAGCCACAGCUUCGAAGGCUCCGUCCCUUGUAGUGGACUUGUUGACAAGGAAAGAAAAGAAGAUGGAUUCCCCAGCAGUAGCAGCAGCAGCAUGGAAUCCGAAAAAACUGACCGUUGUUAGUGUGCAUAGUAGCAUAGUUGGCGAAAUUCAGAAUCGAUCAGCUCACCUACUAGCUAUAAAAGCUGAUGUCGAAACAAAAGGAGAAUUCAUCAACAGCCUCAUCGACCGAGUGUUGGCUGCAGCCUAUAAAGAUAUAGAAGAUGUUGUGAAAUUCGUUGAUCGGCUCGACAAAGAACUUUCAUCCUUGGCUGAUGAGCGUGCCGUGUUAAAGCAUUUCAAGUGGCCUGAGAGAAAAGCUGAUGCCAUGCGAGAAGCUGCUAUCGAAUAUCGUGAUCUAAAAUUGUUGGAAACAGAGAUUUCUUCCUACGAGGACGACGCUAGCAUUCCGUGUGGAAUUGCCUUGAAGCUGAUGGCUGGGCUACUGGACAAGUCGGAAAAGAGCAUACAGAGGCUUAUCAAGCUGAGAAAUUCAGCGAUGCGUUCUUAACAGGAGUGUAAGAUUCCGGUCGAUUGGAUGCUCGAUUCAGG